GAAAGGACAUUAAGCCUACUCCUUCUCGAGUUUUCCUUCUAUCAGGCGCGGGGAGACAAUUCUCUCUCUCUCUCUCUCCUUCUCUUUCACUUUUUUCUCACUCUCUUUCUCUUGCCGUUUACAGUUACUCAACUUUUAUUCGGUUUUACCUAGUAGUCUCCGCAAUGAGCAGACUCUCAUUUCAAAAGCGUGGGGAGCGUAUAAUGGAUGUAGCAUCUACCAGCAUUAAGACAUCAUAGCGCGCAAAGGUCACCAUGACAUGUUUUCCUCGAACAAAACUGCGCUUAUAAAACGUUCGAGGCAAACAGCUGAGACGCACUUUCACCUGGAGCGACGACAAGGACGAGCGUCUAGACGCAGUGCAUCGCCAUCGCAAAGACUGGUAGGACUGGUUGGAAACAAACAGCGCGUGACGGACGGAAGGCGAGCGGAACGCUCGUGCGUCUCGCCUUCUCGCUUCUGUACACAAGACCGCUGGAAGCAGCAAGCGAGAAACCGCCAGUGGUCGUGUGCGUUCAAGGAAGGAAGGACCAACAAUGGGAACCUUAGUUGUGGCACUCUGUGCUCUGCUGGCGACGCAAAUCUUCGCCAGAGUCGACGGUGCGAAAUGCAUCAUGCGCGGGGCAUGUGACCAGGACGGCAUCAGGGGAUCCUGUGCGUACGAUGGCGAACCUCAAGUCAUCGACAAACCGGAAGCCCGGGCGCUCCUGGAGGGCAUCUGCGGCGACGUCUUCGCCAACAGCAGUCAGCCUUUCUGCUGCGAUGCUGAUCAGCUAGACGACUUCCACGAGAACUUCGAGUCUGCCAGAGUCCUGGGACUUGACAACUGUCCCGCGUGCAGCGUCAACUUCAGAGCGCUCCUCUGCAGCAUGUCUUGCUCGCCCAGGCAGUCCGACUUCCUGCGACUGAUCAAGACGGCUGUGAACGAAGAAGAUAAGACCACCCACGUCGCCGAGGUCGAGUACUACUUGACGCCGAGUUUCGCCAACGGACUGUUCGACUCGUGUGUGGACACCAGGAGCAGGAUUUCGUCUAUCCCGCUGCUCAACCUCAUGUGCGGGAAGUGGGCUCAAAACUGUACGGCAGAGCGCUGGUUGGGCUUUUUGGGCUCCACACCAUCGAGAGGCGGACUUUCGCCGUUCGACAUCAACUUCGUACAACUGACGCAGCCCCGGGUUGUCGACGGUACCACCUACUUACCGCUGCCACUGGAGCCACAAAAGUGCAAUGAAUCGAGAGGACGUGUGUCGGCGUGCUCCUGCGAACACUGCAAGGCUGCUUGCUAAUGAGCCCCGCUGAGUGGCGCUCAGAAGGUCUUCGCGUUGUCGGUUGUUUAUGUGCUUUGCGAUGAAAGGGCGGAGACUGGUGGCCUCGCUUUUUCCCGUACGUGCGCGGCGUUUGUUCUUUCCUCGUAGCGUUUGCUGCUGUUAAAAAUAAAACGUCUACGGACAAAUGCAAA